GACGGGCUGUGUAUCGCGGGCUGCUAUGGACUCGCCGCGGGAUAUAGAGGAUGAGGAAGAAGACACUGACUGGCUGGCCCGAGAUGUGGCCCCUGACGCCCCAAGCGGACACCCUGCUGCUCGGUUUUCAAGAAAUUCGGGGACAUCGUGUUCCGCUGAGAACCGAGUUAUCAUACACAUAGACAUGGACUGCUUCUACGCCCAGGUCGAGAUGAUUCGCAACCCGGAGCUGAAGGAUAUACCUCUCGGUGUUCAGCAGAAAUUUAUCGUGGUGACUUGUAAUUAUGAAGCCAGAAGGAUGGGCGUAACAAAACUGAUGUUGAUUAAAGACGCCAAAGAGAAGUGUCCAGACCUAGUACUGGUUAGUGGAGAGGAUCUGACUCCCUACCGAGAAAUGUCUUACAGAAUUACGGAAUUGUUGGAAGAAUUCAGUCCAAAGGUGGAAAGGCUUGGAUUUGAUGAAAACUUCAUCGAUGUCACCGAUCUGGUUGAUAAGAAAUUACAGCAGGAGCCUCGGAAGGAAAGCAAUCUAGAGGUCUCUGUGUGUGGUCAUGUGUACAAUGACCAAACUUUUAACCCGGAAGACGGGGCUCACAUGCGGAUCGCGGUUGGAUCUCAGAUUGCGGCUGAAAUCAGAGCAGCUUUGUGUAAUAGGCUGGGUGUCACCUCAUGCGCGGGAAUUGCAUCCAAUAAGCUGUUAUCCAAGUUGGUUUCUGGAACGUUUAAACCAAACCAGCAAACAGUCCUGUUCCCAGAAAACAGCAGUCAUCUUAUUAAUGGUCUUAAUCAUGUGAAGAAAGUCCCAGGUAUUGGCUACAAAACCUCUCAGCGUCUUGAAUCUCUGAACCUUAGCCACAUCAGAGACUUGCAAAGCUGUCCCUUGUCGAUGCUGGAGAAGGAGUUUGGAAGGUCAGCUGCGCUCCGGAUGCAGAUGCUCAGCAGAGGAGAAGACAAUUCACCAGUUACACCAUCUGGACCUCCCCAGUCUCUAAGUGACGAAGAUUCCUUUAAAAAAUGCUCAACAGUAUUAGAAGUAAAAACAAAAAUUAAAGAGCUCCUUGACAGUCUGCUGAACCGAUUGUCCAAAGAUGGAAGAAUUCCACACACGCUGCGCCUGACCAUACGCCAGUUCCACCCGACCAAUAAAUGGUUCAAUCGAGAAAGCCGCCAGUGCGCUAUUCCAAAUCACAUAAUCCAGAACAUGGGUGCAGAAUUGGAUGGUCCCGCAGCACCUCUGAUGGAAUUACUAAUGAAGCUGUUUGAAAAGAUGAUCAAUGUAAAGAUGCCUUUCCACCUCACGCUUCUGAAUGUCUGCUUCUCCAACCUGAAGGCUCCUACCUCUUCCCGAAAUUCAAUAGGGUUCUACCUAAGUCAGAAAACACAAGCAAAGAGCCCUCCGCACACAAAGGUAACUCCUUACUCUCUGUAACAUUAGUCAGCUUUCUCUGAAGCAGAUCGCAGUCCGGGUAAAGAUUUCCCCCCUUCCGAUAAGACGUGUUCAGUCUCCCUACCCGAGGAUAUUGACAUGGAUGUGCUUAGCCAGCUACCUGAGGAUAUCCGGAACGAGAUUCUCCGAAGUCCAGCAGUCUCACAAACACAUAAGAGUAACCAGACGGUGCCACCCUCUAAAGGCAUACGCAGUUUCUUCAGUAAAGUAACGCCAGAUGAUCCAUCUACAAGUAAAUCAUUGAGUAAGGAACAUCCACGGGUUUCCUUAAACAAUCAAGUAGAAGUCCCUCAGUAUGAAGAUACCAAAUCCAGCAGCAGCAUCGCAGGAGAGUCCGCGGGUACCAGUACCUCCAACCCGCACGAUCAGCCUGAUGGUAGUUGUACCAUAAACACUCCAUAUUCUGAUGUAGCAGCAGAAAUGGAUUGCACGGAAUCGGGCAGCCGAGAGACAUCCCUGUUACUUCCAAAGAGCGUUGAUCAGGGAGUAUUUUCAGAGCUACCUUCGGAGCUACAGAAAGAACUCCUAUCUGAGUGGAAACAGCAAAAGCACACUUCCAAAAUGAAAGCGCAGAGCAAGAAACCACCAGAGAAAUCAAGAGUGGCGAAGGGUAAAAAGACUCUCGUAUCAAAACUGCCUAACAGCGUACUAAAGUAUUUCAAGCCGAGCUAGGUAACGGAUCGUGUAAAUACUAACACGAUCCGUUACCUACUAUUAAUGUGUAAUUAGGGAAUGUAAAAAUAUUUUUUUAUAUAUAUGUAAUGUAAAUAAUUAUACAUUUAGAAAUAUUUACUGUUUCUGGCCU